UCACACCUUGUCUGAGAGUCUACUUUUAUUCUAACAGACAUGGCAAGUAAAAAGGCCUCCAAUAAAAGGCAGAGAGGGAAUCAGAAGUCCUGCUCCAAUGUGUUUUCAAUGUUUGAGCAGUCACAGAUACAGGAGUUCAAAGAGGCUUUUGGCUGCAUUGACCAGGACAGAGAUGGUGUGAUCAAGAAGCAGGACCUGAAGGAGACCUAUGCUCAGCUGGGGAAACUUAACAUUAAGGAUGAGGAGCUGGAGGAGAUGCUGAAUGAAGGGAAGGGUCCUAUUAACUUUACAGUGUUUCUGACCCUUUUUGGGGAGAAACUUAACGGUACUGAUCCUGAAGACACCAUUCUUGCUGCUUUCAAACCUUUUGACCCCAAUGGGACAGGUUUUGUUAAUAAGGAUGAGUUUAAACGAUUACUGAUGAACCAGGCAGACAAAUUCACUGCAGAAGAGGUGGAGCAGGCCUUUACUCUGGCACCGAUUGACCCAAUUGGCAAUAUCGACUACAAACAGCUCUGCUACAUCAUCACACAUGGAGAUGAGAAGGAAGAAUCCUAAUGGGACCCAAUAUUUCUCCACCAAGCAACGUGGCUCCUGCUAAGAUGUCUUUUCUUUAAAUCUGCUACAACAGAUAUGUGAAGAAUUGCGAAUAUUUUUCUUCCAGUUUAUCAAUAAAGUGGAUUCUGUUGUUUCACACUGUAAAAAUGUAAAAGAACUUUGUUUUGCAUUGCAAUAUCUCCAGAUCAGUUAAAUCAUAUGGUGAAGAAAUUAUUUAUAGUUUCAUGAAUCAAACUUUGUUGCAGUGUCUUCAUAUAUAUCUUGUGCAUGAGAUGGGUUUUAAUUGAUUUGUCAACACAUUCAGGUGGUAAAUGGGACACAAAUAUUCCUUCCCUAGUACUGUAAGCAUAAUGGUAAUUUACAGAAAAAGUUGCAUAAAAUGCAAGAAAAAAAUAAA